AGGCAGGACACCAUCUCCUGCCCCGAUAACCCACAACCGACCUCCCAAGUUGCCCUCAUGUCGAGCUCCUUCUCCCCCGUCUCUCCCCCUUCUCUUCUCUGAGUCUGCCCCUUGUCCCCGUCUCUCCCCCUUCUCUCUUCUGAGUCUCCCUCUCGCCCCCGCCGAAGAAAUGGCAGCGAGAGCCAGCAGAGGAGGGGGAGGUAGGGUUGUUGAAAUGCUGGCGAGGAGGAGCAGGGAAGCGAGCCCCGAGAGGACGAAGGUCUGGACGAAGCAAAGGGCGCCGAGGCAGAAGCGUAGGGUUCUGGUGCUUUACUACCUCUGCAGGAACGGUCAGCUCGAGCAUCUGCAUUUCAUGGAGGUUCCUCUGUAUUCCGUCGAGGGGCUGUACCUCAGAGAUGUGACGAGCCAUCUAAACUUCCUCAGGGGAAAAGGAAUUGCUUCUAUGUACUCCAAGCGCCACAAUUGCUGCCUACUUCAUCGUUGCUGACAAGACAAUCCUAUAGUGUGCAUGGAGAAAUACUGAGGCAAAUUUUGACAAGUUGAAGUAAGAGUAUGAUUCUUUGAUUUCUAGCCACUCCACGCACUUGGCUUGCUCUGUUUUAUCUGUUGAUUUUCCCCAUAGUGGUGGAGCUCAUUUAGGUGGAUAUAGCUUAAGUAAUGCUGCUUACCAACAGCAUCCAAUGACCAUGAUGAACAUCAAUAGGUCGAACCAGAACCAGAACCAGAUGCUGAAUGAGAGAUACAUGCAGAUGAUGUACAACAGGACUUCUCUCACCCCACUUGCUACCACUUCCUACUACAACUAUCAGCCACAAUCACAGACAGCAGAGUAUGCUACCUAUUUGUUCACACCAGCAGUUGUGCCAUCAUGUGAAGGGGAAGGAAAAAAAAAAAAACAAAGAAAUAAACAUGAUGUCUUUGUCUACCGUGUUUAGAAUGUAGGAGAUAAGGCCUUAUUAAGUGUUUCCUUUUUUUUUUAUUUCAGUCUUUCUGGUUGAUUGGAGAAAUGGGCAGAGCAACAAAAUCUCCAUAUGAUGUCCAUGUUGAAAAACAAAAAGCACUUGAGGAUAUGGUUCUGGCCGAAUGUGUUGGAACGAUAUAGUUGGAUGUUGCUGUAACAAUGAUGUAUCGUGGACUAAGCUCUAUAAUAAACUUCCUGCUGCUGGUUUUGUUUAUCGAAAA